CCGCGUCAGCGCCGGUGCCGGCCGGUCCGCCCGCCGCGUCAGCGCGCCGGGACGCGCCAGGGGCGGCCAAGAUGGCGGCGGCCGCGGCAGGCAUGGGCGGCGGCGCGGGCGCGGGGCCCGAGCCCGGCGACUUCCUGGCCCGCUACAGACUGGUGUCGAACAAGCUGAAGAAGCGGUUCCUGCGGAAGCCCAACGUGGCCGAGGCCGGCGAGCAGUUCGGGCAGCUGGGCCGCGAGCUGCGCGCCCAGGAGUGCCUGCCGUACGCGGCCUGGUGCCAGCUGGCUGUGGCGCGCUGCCAGCAGGCGCUCUUCCACGGGCCCGGGGAGGCGCUGGCCCUCACCGAGGCCGCCCGCCUCUUCCUGCGGCAGGAGUGCGACGCGCGCCAGCGCCUCGGCUGCCCCGCCGCCUAUGGGGAGCCGCUGCAGGCCGCCGCCAGCGCCCUGGGCGCCGCCGUGCGCCUCCACCUGGAGCUAGGACAGCCAGCUGCCGCCGCCGCCCUCUGCCUCGAGCUGGCGGCCGCCCUGCGCGACCUGGGCCAGCCGGCCGCCGCCGCCGGACACUUCCAGCGCGCCGCGCAGCUCCAGCUGCCCCAGCUGCCCCUGGCCGCGCUGCAGGCGCUCGGCGACGCCGCCUCCUGCCAGCUGCUGGCGCGGGACUACAACGGCGCCCUGGCGCUCUUUACACGUAUGCAGUGCCUGGCGCGGGAGCACGGCAGCCACCCGGUGCAGCAGCCGGCGCCGCCGCCGCACCAGCAGCCGCCGCCGCCGCCGCCGCCGAACCAGCUGCUGCCCCCGCCGCCGCCGCCGCCGCCGCCGCCCCCGCCGCCGCCCCAGCUCGCGCCGCCGGCCGCGCUGCUCUCUCCGAACGCUGGCGCUGCGGCGCCCUCUCCCGCCGCGCUGGGCGCCUUCUCCGACGUGCUGGUCCGCUGCGAGGUGUCCCGAGUGCUGCUGCUGCUGCUCCUGCAACCGCCGCCCGCGAAGCUGCUGCCGGAGCACGCCCAGACCCUGGAGAAGUACUCCUGGGAGGCCUUCGACAGCCACGGGCAGGACAGCGGCGGGCACCUUCCCGAGGAGCUCUUUCUGCUGUUGCAGUCCUUGGUCAUGGCUACCCACGAAAAGGACACGGAAGCUGUCAAGGCCCUGCAGGUGGAGCUGUGGCCGCUGCUGACCGCGGAGCAGAACCACCUGCUGCACCUCCUUCUGCAGGAGACCAUCUCCCCCUCAGGACAGGGCAUCUGAGCCCUCACGUGACCGAGUGGCUUCGCGGAAUGUCGUCGGACCUCUCGCGCGCAGCUGCCUUUGCGAGGGGGUAGGGGCUGCCCAGACGCUGCGCAGGUCCUGCCUCUCCUGUUGUGCGUCUUCUUCGGCCGCUGGGAGAGUCGAAGCCAUCCGCAUCCCGGGGGCUUGUUUCCAUGGCCGUGGGAGGGGGGCGUGCAAAGGCGUCGGUCGUGAUAGGAUCUUGCCGGGGGUCUGGCUCUCCUCCGCGGGAGGAGAACCCCUUUCGUAGCUUCCCUUGCUCACUUGCACCGCACGUCGCCUCCCGCUCCCAUCUUCAUUUCACAGCCAGGGUUUCCUUCCGCACGGCUCUGUCUGAAUGUGCACGCUUUCCGAUUUUAACCGCGACUCGCAUCUCUUAGCCUAUGCCUGCGCCUCUGUGACCGCCGGAGUCCUCUUGUUCCUUCUGCGCCCCAGCUGCGGCGCGGGAAGGCCCCUUUAUCCCUUGCAACCUUGCCUGUUGCGUGAGAAAGCGGUGCUGAUACUGCCCACUUGUGAUGUAGACGGGCCCUGUCUAUAAAACGUGGCUGGCUAUCUCACCUGUUUGUCAAAAAGCUGAGCCAGGGAGCUAGGUGUCUUGGAGCCCGGGGAUGGAUUCCUUCUUUGGAAGUUGCCGAUGUGGCGUGCCUAGCGCGUGGGCGACGUACCUACCGACAGGGGUCCCAUGGAAGGCAGACGCGUCCAGGGCAACAGUUCCAGCGCCGCUGUUAAUCUGCCUCGGCUUCACAGCUGCGAACGGUGGCGGGUCUGUCUGACGCCUCGUGUGUGUAAUCUGCCUUAGAGCUUUUGUUCGGAACGGGGGUCUUGCUGCACCUUUUAUUUGACCCAGGUGUGCAAAAUUGGAGCACGGCCUCUUUGGUGUGAUGAGAUCACGGCUAGGCAAGGCAGUGUCCCUGUCCCCCAAGAGCGAGGUGGUGCUCCGUUGUAAACCACCGCAUCGCCAAGGCUCUUUGGCCCACGUGUUACAUGCAAAUCUGCUUAGCUCCUUUCCUAGUUUGAGAAUGAGCAUAGGAAUUCUACAGAAUAGAACCUCACUCUCAAACGUUCGACUUUGGCAAAAAUGCGUUCUCUCGGCUGAAGGUAUGCACACUUCUGAUCUUCCGGGGUGAGGUUUAAGGUUGCAGCCUGGGGAUAGAGCUUUCGAUGUCUUAUGGUUUGCUUUUGUUUUGUAUUCCUGAAGGGGUAGGGAGGGAAGUUGGGAAUUAACUGCCUCCAGGUGAGUGAGGGAGUUUUAGGGCAUUCUUUUCUGCCUCUACAUCUGCCUCAACAGUGUUGAGGGGAUGGAAAAGACAGGAGAGUCCCGGCACAUGGGACGGAUCCAACCACCACUCCUGUGCUGGCACUGGGCUCCUGGGGAGGGUACUACUAUGGAGCCUUAAAGGCUGUGUCCAACUUCCUGCAGAAGUUGUGUGUGCAAGUGUGCAUGCUCCUUUCCUUUGUUGCCUUGUUACUUUCCCCCUUCCCAUCCCCACCCCUCAAUAUCGUCCUCUCCACCUGGGCUGCAGGCCUGGGCAGCUAGCUUCCUCUUUCUCGUAUGACCAAAAUGCUUAGGAGUUGGUUAUGGAGCAUGACUGGUGUUAUGUUUUGGAUUUGUGCUUGAGGCAGAGCCUCAUUAGGCCUCCGGCCGAAACUUGUACCAGGGAGUCGGGUAUCGGGUGUAUAAGCGUCGUUCUAGAAAACACUGAAGUUGCUUGUUCUCCGUUUGCCGUUGGCUCAUCGGUGUAUCUCCCUCAGAAACUGAAGAGCAGGGAUAGCCGGGCCAAGGCCAGAUGUCAGCAAAUUUGAUGGAGUUCUCUUGGAAUGCCACUUAAUAUCAAAAUGGAUGCCAGGGGUGGGCGUUUGGCCUAGUGUUUAAGAUGCACACUAGGUAGGACACCUGCAUCCAUCUCCUAUUGGAUUACCUGGGUUCCGUCCCUGGCUCCGGCUCCUGGUCCAGCCUCCUGCCAAUGCAAACCCCAGGAGGUAGCGGUACUGAUGGCUGGAGUAGUUGGGUUCCUGCCACUCAUGUGGGAGACCCGGAAUGACUUCUCAGCUCCCGAAUGGUCUGAUUUUUAAUGUGAAAACCAGGGACAAAGAUCCUUGCUGUCUAAAUGUUCAUCAGCAAUUCGAAAUUACCAUUGAAAAUAUUGCAAGCUACUGACAAUGGUGGCAGUGAAGCAGUGAUCCUUAAAGGGAGUUGGAGUUCUCCUCCUCCCAUUGUGAGAUACUCCUAUGUUGAGAAAUAUUGCUUAUGAAAGAAUAUUUUAUAUGUGAAUGAAUGCGACAAAGAGAAGACUUCUGAGAACCACAAUGCUGGAGGAAGAGGAUCACAGCUGAAAUUAACAUACUAGGCAAGCUCUGGGAUCUAAGGGUUCUGACACCCGAGGGUUAAUGUCAACUGUCUAGGCACCUGCUCUGCUGGUGGAGUAGACACAGUUUACAAUUUUGGGGGGCUGGUGUUGGGGCAUAGUGGGCUAAGCCACCGCCUGCAAUGCCCGCAUCCCAUUUGGGUGCUGAUUUGAGUCCCGGCUGCUCCACUUCUGAUCCAGCUCUCUACUAAAGUGCCUGGGAAAGCAGCAGAAGAUGCCCCAAGCCUUGGGAGCCUGCCCCAACAUGGGAGACCUGGGUGAAGCUCUUGGCUCCCGGCUUCGGCCAGGCCCAGCCCCAGCCAUUGUUGCCAUUGGGAGUUAACCAGUGCAUGGAAGACCUCUCUCUCCUCCUUUAUCUCUCUCUCUAUAACUCUGACUUUCUAAAAAUAAAUAAAUAUUGAAACAAGCAAAUUUUUGGCCAUAAAAGGUCAGAUUGAAAUAUGUUGGUCUUGGCCGGCGCUGUGGCUCACUUGGCUAAUCCUCUGCCUGCGGCACUGGCACCCCGGGUUCUAGUCCCAGUUGGGGUGCCGGGUACUAGUCCCAGUUGCUCCUCUUCCAGUCCAGCUCUCUGCUGUGGCCCGGGAGGGCAGUGGAGGAUGGCCCAAGUGCUUGGGUCCCUGCACCCGCAUGGGAGACUGGGAGGAAGCACCUGGCUCCUGGCUUCGGAUCAGCAUGCAGCACUGGCUGUGGUGGCCAUUAGGGGAGUGAACCAGCGGAAGGAAGACCUUUCUGUCUCUCUCACUGUCUGUAACUCUCUCUCUCACUAACUCUGCCUGUCAAAAAAUUAAAAAAAAAAGAAAUAUGUUGGUCUUGAGGCUGGCAUUGUGGCACAGCACAGUAAGCCACUGCCUACAUUGCUAGCAUCCCAUAUUGGAGUGUGGUGUCAAGUCCUGGUCGCUCUGCUUCCAAUCCAGCUCCCUGCUAAUGUGCCUGGGGAAGCAGCAGAAGAUGGCCCAAGUGCUUGGGCCCCUGACACCCAGGUGGGAUGGAGUUCUGGGCUCUUGGCUCUGGCCUAGCCCAGCCACAUCCAAUACAGUCAUCAGUGGGUGGAAGAUAACACAUACUCUUUGUCUCCCUGUCUUUCUCUUUGCUUUUCAAACAAACAAAUAAAUAAAUCUAUUUAAAAAGAAAUGUGUUUGUCUUUACAGGUCACAAAUGGUCUUUGUCAUGUAGUCUUUAUUUUCAUGCAUGUCUGUUUUUGCCAUCCUUUAACCAUGUAAGAAACUAUUCUUUACUCAAAGUCCCCACGAAAGCAGAUUUCAGGCCAGAUCCUUGUACUAUAAUUUGCCCAUUCCUGUAUUCAAACCUAGAAAAUAGUGACUAUUAAAUAACUGUUAAAAGAAUAAAUGUCAAGAGUUAUUAAUCA